ACACACCACACACACACAAAUGGAAGAACACGGGCAAAUGAAAUGUUCCCCAGCAGCAGAACAGGUACGUGAGUUUUAGCAGACAGUCCUUGGAGCAGGAUAGCAGCAGGAGGAGGAGGAGAGGCAGUCAGUGGGAUUGGUUCAGAGUAAGAAUGAGCAUGAUUCUCUCAGAAGCAGCAGGUAAGGAGCGUCCUCUUCUAAUGCAGUAGUAUUACCCGAUACAUAAGAAUCACUUUGUUUCUAUUUAUUAAAAACAUAUCUGUCAUUUUGGCAAUAUGUAUGAUUUUAACAUCGAUCUAUAUAUUUUUUGUAGUAUCGUUUUGUUGUUGUUGAAUUUGGCCCCCUGGAAGUUGUGGUUCUGUGCUAGUCACCUCACUUUCAGAAAUAUGUAUUUGUGUUCCAUCGCUCCUGCUCUCCUGUGAUCAAUGUUACCAGGUCUUUGUUUUUUUCUUUUUGUCUCUGCAAUGCUGGAGGAGAGGCCGGUGCUGGCUGUGGCUAACCUGCUCUUCUUACUGGACUUCGCCGCCCUGUCCAAAGAGGACGUCAAUCUGAAUGGGAACACCUUCUCCUGGCCUGACAGGAUUGUCUCCAUCAUCAAGAACAGCACUCUUUAUAAACUAAACCAACACACAAUUCGGCACAUUUGUAAACCUGCAUGAGAGGGGUGUUCCAGGGGAGGACUGGGGUAGCAGAGUCAGGUGUUGCACACUCCAAGCAGUAGGGUUGUCAGGGACUGGGGUAGCAGAGUCAGGUGUUGCACACUCCAGGCAGUAGGGUUGUCAGGGACUGGGGUAGCAGAGUCAGGUGUUGCACACUCCAGGCAGUCGGGUUGUCAGGGACUGGGUUAGCAGAGUCAGGUGUUGCACACUCCAGGCAGUAGGGUUGUCAGGGACUGGGGUAGCAGAGUCAGGUGUUGCACACUCCAGGCAGUAGGGUUGUCAGGGACUGGGGUAGCAGAGUCAGGUGUUGCACACUCCAGGCAGUAGGGUUGUCAGGGACUGGGGUAGCAGAGUCAGGUGUUGCACACUCCAGGCAGUAGGGUUGUCAGGGACUGGGGUAGCAGAGUCAGGUGUUCCACACGCCAGGCAGUAGGGUUGUCAGGGACUGGGGUAGCAGAGUCAGGUGUUCCACACUCCAGGCAGUAGGGUUGUCAGGGACUGGGGUAGCAGAGUCAGGUGUUGCACACUCCAGACAGUAGGGUUGUCAGGGACUGGGGUAGCAGUCAGGUGUUGCACACUCCAGGCAGUAGGGUUGUCAGGGACUGGGUUAGCAGAGUCAGGUGUUGCACACUCCAAGCAGUAGGGUUGUCAGGGACUGGGGUAGCAGAGUCAGGUGUUGUACACUCCAGGCAGUCGGGUUGUCAGGGACUGGGGUAGCAGUCAGGUGUUGCACACUCCAGGCAGUAGGGUUGUCAGGGACUAGGGUAGCAGAGUCAGGUGUUGCACACUCCAGACAGUAGGGUUGUCAGGGACUGGGGUAGCAGAGUCAGGUGUUCCACACGCCAGACAGUAGGGUUGUCAGGGACUGGGGUAGCAGAGUCAGGUGUUCCACACUCCAGGCAGGAGGGUUGUCAGGGACUGGGUUAGCAGAGUCAGGUGUUGCACACUCCAGACAGUAGGGUUGUCAGGGACUGGGGUAGCAGAGUCAGGUGUUCCACACGCCAGGCAGUAGGGUUGUCAGGGAUUGGGGUAGCAGAGUCAGGUGUUGCACACUCCAGGCAGUAGGGUUGUCAGGACAGGCUUGGUGUGAGUGACAUGCAGCACCCUGUGUGUCUCCCUCUCAGAAGGGUCAGAUUAACCAGUAGGAGGCAUUGCUGGGGAUGGGUCAGGUUAGCCCCUACCCUGAGAUCGAGAAGCUGCUCAUCUCUAAGGAGCCCUAUGACUGCCUGUGGGCAGCGGCGCUCAGCUUCAACACACAGCAGGAGCGCUGGCUUAACGGAGCGCUGCUGCAGGUCAGCGCAGAGGAGGUGGAGAAGCAGGUGCAGAGUUUAUGGAAGACCAGCUACAAGUUGAUGAAGGUACUGCAUCACCCGGACCUGGACGGGCCCCUGAAAGCUGCCACCACCAUCAAGACCAAGCUGGACAAGUUCCGAAUCAACAUGCUGCUCAUCAAGGCACUGUGCAGCCCUGGCAUCAAGCAGAGGCACUGGAACCUCAUGAGCAGGAAGGUUCUGCUGGAGGAUCAUGUUGUGAAGACCACCACCAUGAAGGGCUCCCCGUUCAUCGCCCCCUUCGAGGAGCAGCUGCUCUCCUGGGAGGCCAGGCUGGAGGCAGGUCAUGGCUGAGGCGCAGCAGACUGGCAAUGCCAUGCAGGUUAUCUCUCAGGUCCAGGUGCGCAGUACUCAGAGAGGCCGAGUCGAUGCUGGACGACAUUCAGAGAGGCUUAAAUGACUACUUAGAGAAGAAAAGGCUCUUCUUCCCGGGUGCAAACAUUAAACAAGCCAGAAAAGUCACUUCACAGCACUCACAUGCACAGGAAAUCAAUCCUCUUGAUUUGAUUCUUUCAAAAACAAAUGCGGCAAACUCAGCAGGAAUGAAUACUUCUGAACCUGCGUCACCCCCCACCCCGGUUCCAGGAAAACAGCUUCAAAUGCAAGAUACGUACAGAGGGCUUUGGAAUCGGUUCAUCAGAUCAGGAGUUUGAAUCCGAUUAGACUGUACAUAAAAAUUUGUCAAUUGAUUUUAUCAUUUCAAUAUUACUAUAAAAAAGCCACAUGGUUUUUAGCACCUUGUUUACAAGAGCAAGCAGGUUUUACACUCUCUUAGAGCUUGUGUGUGUGCGUGUGUGUUCAUAUGCGUGUGUCUGCGUAUUUGCAAGUUGUGGUCAGUGUUUUGUAACGUCACAUUGUGUGUGUCAGUGUACUGUAGUCAGAGUGUGUAUUGUCAGGCUGUGCUGUUAUGUGUCGGGUAGAGCUUUUCCAAUAUAACAGAAUCAAGUGUACCAAUGUGACUGGAUCACAGACUGAAACUCUUGGGACUUCAGUGGCUGUGGUGUAAUUUUAACUUUUGCAUGAAAGUUUUUUGCAAACUGUUAACAUGAUCAAAGCUACCUUCCUGUAUAAAUAGUUUCUGGCAGGUUACUAAGAGGAAAUUAUACACUACAGAACAAGAAUAAAGAAUAAUUUGAGACCUCAUAAAUACUGUAUGAGAGGAGGCUGACUUGUGAUUAAAAUGUAUUUGUCCACCAGCAAUAUCUGCAGUCACAGAGAGAGGAAUGUAAUGUACAUUAGACAGACACACAGUGACUCUGUUCACAAUGCUGUGGUACACAUUAGUCAG